AUGAGCGGAACACCAGUUGAUAAUGGAGAUGAAAUUAUUAUCUUUCAAAAGAAACAUAAAAAUCAAGAAAGUACUUCAACUGAAUCGAUUGAUUUGAAUGAUGACACAAAAGAAGAAGAUAUGGAUAAUGAUGAACUUAAAGAUAUGGGAUUAUUUGACAGUGUUUUUGUUAAUGUUCAAGGUAAUAAAAAGAUAUAUGGAGCACUUUAUUUAUUUAUCGAAAUAAUAGAAAAGGAAACAAUUAUUUAUAAGUUAUUUACCAAUGGAAGUUCGUACAAACGCAUCACUAAAGAGUUUUAUCACAAGAGAUACUACUGUUACUAA